AUGACAUAUAAUCUACAGCCGCUUCUUCGCAGCGCAUGCGAACUCUAUCCUUCAAGCAUCGGAAAUGGUAUCGCCAGAAGCUGGUCAGAGGAUCCAAAUGAGUCUCGCCUUUCCUUCUCUGAUUGGACCUUCCUGGAAUCACCAGAAGACCAGUGGGCAGCAGCAACUUUCAGCUCCGGCUCACGCUUCUCUACAACCCAGACCGUGCACUGCAACGUAGUCGAAGGCCACUUGCUUGUGAAUCGUCACUCGCGUGGCAAGCUUCCACUUGAGAUUCGCCAAGACCCAGCAAUCAGAGAGCUCUUUGGAGACCAUCAUCUGCUGGCAUAUCCGUCUCAUUAUCCCGGGAUGACUCAUCGGUUGGAGGCUUGUUGGUACAACCAAGAAAUACAUUUUGGUGUACGCCAAGGGCAAGUCAUCGUCCGCACCAUCAGCAGAAAUGGGCUUCUCGAGUUCAUUCCCAAGCAUAUCUUCAGCAACUCUGAGAGUUUCGAUCUCCCAGCGGAACUGAUGGACAACUGCGUACACUGGCUCAACCUUGAUACGAAGUGUAUUGAGGUUCGGCGACGUCCAUCAAUCUGGGUCAAGAGGCCACGCGAUUGGCAAAUCACAUUACAACCGCGCAUUGCUUACCGCGGCAACGUUCGACUUGUCAACCCACAAUCCUCGAUUUUCUCUGAGAUAGCCGGGAUCUUUCGAUACUUCGUGCAGCCGGAAUGGUUGACAGUGUUCCAGCCGAAUUCGGAAGCAAGCAGGCUAACGGUGGAAAUCCGUCAAAUGGACCUAUCUUUCUAUGUGAACGGCCGUGGUAUACUCCAGUGCCGACAACUUGGUGCUGAAAUCGACACAAACCAAGAUGCAGGGACGUGGUAUGGCCUUCGGAGCAAGAUCGUAUUGAAAGACAUCCCUGUAUUCAGUCGAAGCAUUAUCGUACCACUAGCACAGACAAAGCACAGACGAUUGGGUAUACACGUCGAUGUUCGCAUGGAAGAGACUGGUGAAUACGGCCGUUAUCGCAUCAAUAGCAUCUUGGGGCGACUUUCAUGCGCCCCAGAGCCCCGUCUCCUGUAUACGCUAGCACACUGCCACGCGCUUACAUCUUUUUGUCUACCGGACAGACUGACGUCGCGUACGGGAUCAGAAGAGGCGCUAGCAAUCCUUCGAUCAGGUGCAUCCAAGCCCUGGACACGACUGGGAGCAGGAGCACUUGGAAUUCUAAUCCAGCUUCAGACACUUACGCCCCAGAGAGAGUAUUAUCCUGCUAAGAACAAGCGCUUACAGAGAGUAAACUGGGACAAGAAUUUGACGGCAUCAAUUCAACAUGACAGCUACGACUCCCUUGUUUGUAGCAUAAUCGCGGAGUCGCAGCGCCUUGCCAAAUUUUCCCAUGAAUCUCUUGAUGUUGUUGGCUCUGCUGAACCAAGUCACCUUCGCUUCCGCGGAGAACGUCAACGCGAGAUCUACGAGCGCCCGACGAUUGAUUAUGGACACAAGACGAGGCUCCCCGCGGUUUACGCGUCUCGUGAUCGGAAGGUUACGUUUCAAGGAGAGAAUGUCUACAGUGUCAGCCAGAUGUUGCUGCAAGGCUACUCUUCCUUCCCAAAGAUAUCGCCUCUGCUUUCCUAUCUAGAGUCAUACAGGGUGAUUGGCGGGUUUCGUAAUGACGGAGGCUCGGUUACCAAUGCCAGACCACUGAUUAGCCAGAUCGAGGAACCCAUUGCUGAGAGAUGGGGUGAAUUGGUGAACUUCUGUCGGCUGGAGAAGAAUGAUACAGCUGUACUAUUCUGUCUAGCGCUAUUAGCCUUCCAUCCAAAGCCAUCUAUGGACGUUGUUCGGUCUCUCGCCGCCUUCCAUUACAUCGAUUACCUCAAGGAUCUAGAGGUACCCGAUUUUCCAAGCUUCGUCAAUUUGAGCUCAAGUCAGGUGCCUCCUCUUCCAGACCUGGAGAGAUUCCUCGAGUCAGCCUACCGCAGCUUCCAACCCACAUAUGUAUGUGGAAAUGGCAAAUUACGAAAGCGCUCCCAAACCGAUGCAGCGAAACACCAAGAACUGUGCGAGGAAGAGGCUCACGAGUUUGCUGCCUGUAUCCAGAAACAGUGGCCCAUCGCAGCCGACGACUUAUUGGCGGAAGGCUUGGAGUUUAUAUGUAUCGAUAUGGCCGCCGCGAUAGAGGCGAUCAAGCCUGGGAGCGCAGAAGGGCAAACAUGA